AUUGAAAAAUAGGUCCACAGAAAUCCACACACAUUUUAUCCAUAUAAGAUCCCUCCGCUGCACAUAUCUCUGAUUGCAUCAUGAUCUCCUGAUCCUCAGGACACCGUAGUCUCUUAUUUCUGCAAAAUAUUUAUCAGAUAAUGUACAAUAUUAUCAUGGUGAGCAAUCCCGAAUGAUGUGUAACAAGAUCGUACCCACCUAGUUCCCAACUGCAGGGAGAGGAUUAUAGCAAUAUGGCUCUCUUAACCGCAACAUCCAACAAAUAUAUUAUAAGUAGCCGUGCUACAAAUGAAAAUACCCUUCCAUUUUCUUCCUUGACGCAAAUCAAAAUUCCUCGGCUAGGACCUCCAUUUUGGCCAUGGGAAAAGGUUAAAAUGGGUCCAUUGACUGUUUCCCCGAUGGGGUUUGGAACCUGGGCUUGGGGAAACCAGUUACUAUGGGGAUAUCAGGAAGCUAUGGAUGAUGACCUUCAAGCGACGUUUAACUUAGCAGUCGAGAAUGGUAUCAAUCUGUUUGACACGGCUGAUUCUUAUGGGACUGGUAGACUAAAUGGACAGAGCGAAAAGCUUCUCGGCAAAUUCCUCCAAGAGUUCAAAGGGCAAAGCCGAGUACGAGAUGACAUUGUGAUUGCUACAAAAUUUGCUCCAUAUCCAUGGCGCCUAACAUCUGGACAGUUCGUAAAAGCUUGCAAGGCAUCAUUGGACCGAAUGGAAAUUGAACAGAUUGGGAUAGGACAGUUGCACUGGUCAACAGCAAACUAUGCUCCUUUACAGGAGAUCGCUCUUUGGGAUGGCCUCGUUGCAAUGUAUGAGAAGGGUUUAGUUCGAGCUGUUGGUGUGAGCAAUUAUGGACCAAAACAACUUGUAAAGAUCCACAAAUACCUUAACUCGCGAGGUGUUCCCCUAUGCUCAGCUCAGGUGCAAUUUUCUUUGCUGAGUAUUGGGAGAGACCAGAUGGAGAUUAAGGAAAUUUGUGAUUCUUUAGAUAUCCGCUUGAUUUCAUAUAGUCCUCUGGGGCUUGGAAUGCUUACUGGGAAAUACACUCUGUCCAACCUUCCAAAUGGGCUACGAGGUUUGCUGUUCAGACAAAUUCUUCCUGGUUUGGAACCACUGCUGCGUUCACUAAGAGAAAUUGCGAAAAGGAGAGGCAAGACCAUACCUCAAAGCAGGUUGCAAUAAAUUGGUGUAUCUGCAAGGGUACAGUGCCGAUACCCGGAGGGAAGACGGUGAAACAAGUGAAAGAGAAUCUAGGCGCCUUAGGUUGGCGUCUAAGUUCCGAUGAAUUGCUUCAAUUGGAACAUGCUGCUCAAGAAUCUCCCAGCAAGAUGAUCCAAAAUGUCUUUCAGACACCAUGAGUAUAAAUACUUGUUGAAAAUAUUUCUUUCAGUUUUAAAUGUAUCACUAUCUGCACACUAUUUGCAAACUAGUAUUACAGAUCUGAACUAUAUGUAAUGUAUUAACAAAAUUGAUUUCUAUGUGUUCAUGCCACUUCAACCUGAUUCCUCAAAAACCAAU